AUGAGUCUGUCUUUAAGGACUGAGCUGGCAGUGGAUAAAACCAAGCGGAAGAAGCGCAGAGAGCUGACUGAGGAACAGAAGCAUGAAAUCAAAGAGGCUUUUGAGCUGUUUGACACAGACAAAGACAAAGAGAUAGACUACCACGAACUCAAGGUGGCGAUGAGAGCUAUGGGUUUUGAGGUGAAGAAAGUGGAUAUACUGAAGAUACUAAAAGAUUAUGACAGAGAGGGGAACGGCAAAAUAACAUUUGAGGACUUUAAUGAAGUUGUGACAGACCGUAUGCUGGAGAGGGACCCAAAGGAGGAGAUCCUGAAGGCCUUUAAGCUGUUUGAUGAUGACGACUCCGGGAGGAUCAGCCUGAGGAACCUGAGACGUGUGGCCAGAGAGCUAGGAGAGAACAUCACGGAUGAGGAACUACGCAGCAUGAUCGACGAGUUCGAUACAGACGGAGACGGAGAGAUCAACCAGGAGGAUUUUGUAUCCAUAAUGACGGGAGACUCCUGAUUGAAGGGCUGCUGCUCUGGAGGCUUGGCUAGGAGGCUGAGGCUAUAGAUUUACUGUGGGAUGCAUAGGUCCCCCAGGUCACUGAGGGACUGCUAAAUAGGUUACCUUGUCUCCUUUCCUUUAUCUAUACUGACCGACCAGAACUGACCAGGGGAAGGAGAGGAGUUAAGGAAGCCACUGUAGAGUACCGCGAUUCAAAAUCUCUCCCAAAUAGCGCUGCUCUUGUUCUUUUCUUUGUUGAAACAUCUUGUGUGUUUUUACAAUAUGUCUGGUGCAAAUACAACCAAAUAUUGUGUAUGUUCUUUUCUUUUAGUAGAGUUUCUUUUUCAAAAUUUGAAUAGAUGCACUUGCUGCGCUGUGUAUCCAUACCGUACAGAAAACUGUACAGAUUACAUAACAGGUCAUAUCUCUGAAAACAUUCCUUGUAAACUUCAACGUUUUCAAUAGUAUUUCUGGAUGGGGGUUUUAAAUACAAACUGGCUUCACCGACCAUAUUUUGUAGUUUAGUAGACCAUUUUUAUUUAAUUAUAACUUUUUUUUUCUUUUUACUGUUAUUUAUUUGACAUAAUAAACACAAUCCACAAGUGUGGAGCCUCUUGACAAAAUGGGUGCAGACCAAGGUUAUUAUAGUUUUAUUAGUUUUUAUUUCUAUUAGUAUUUUUUUACAUUUGAAAUUCACUUUAUUUUCAGACUUGAUUUACUAGUUUUUAUUCAGUUUUAGUUUUAAAGACAUUUAUAUUUUGUUUUUAGUGUUCUAACAAUGUGAUUGGUCAAUAAUUGAACACAUUUAGGGUGUUGUAUGGUUUUCAGCUUUUAACACAUUAAUUGCAAGAACUGACCCAUGUGUCUGAGUAAUCAUUACACAUAAAUUGUGUUGUUCAACAGCAUAUGUUCUAAGAGUGUAGAGACAGAAAGUAGCCUAUGCAUGGGAGGCUAGGAGCCAUGUAUGUGUUGCAGACCUGCCAACCGGCACGCAUUUUCUGUACCAUGCACGCAAUUUGAGGUCAAAGUACGCUGGUAGAAAAAAACGACCCUAAAAUAUGCAAAAGGCUUCUAGUUCAAGGCACAUUUAGGUGGUGGGACGAAGCCUUACAAACGGUGAAGUUGAUCCUCGUUGAUGGAGGAGCUGAUUACUGUUUUGUAUAUGACAGUAAACAUUCUUAUGAUGACUAUAA